GUGAGAGUGAAAAACCAGUAGGAUUCACGGAUAUCAUUAGGGAUUUUCCUUCUAUUAAUUUUUUUAUUUCGAAGCUGCUUUGCCUCAAGAAAAACAAGAGGACAUAACUACUUUAGCUAGCUAACAAAACACAACCCUGGCCAUGUCUGAGACAUACGGUAGGAAAUCUUGACUAGUAAGGUCGCAUUACAAUAGAUAUCCAGAGGCGACGAUGGAGCAGGUGUAACGUUAUUGCAAUGUCUCCAUCAAAACAAAUAGCCUAUGCUAGCUAGCUAACGUUAGCGUUUCCUCGUUGAUGGGGGUAUAGCUUUAGCUAGAUAGCUUGCAUCUCUGUCAAAUGUCAUCAUUAGGUAAUUGGUUUCUUAUCUAGACAAACCUCUGCAUUUCAGAGAGCUACAGUAGCUAACGUUAGUUAACUAAGGUUAAAUGUCGGCGCAAAAGCAGCUAGCUAUACAUGAAGCAAAAAAUAGCGUUCAGCUAACGUAGCAAGCUGAUGAAGCAGGUGCUUUGCUGCUGGAUGAUUGGCAUUGCUAAUGCGUUGUCUGUGUACCGUUACCUAACUAGUUAACUAGCCUAAUGAAUAUGCAUUAUCUAAUGAUGACAAUGAAUAUGAAAUAUGAAUACAAAUUAACUUUGUUUGUUUUCCCUCUUCUAGAUUUCCUGUUCAAAUUCCUAGUGAUUGGGAAUGCAGGAACUGGAAAAUCAUGUCUUCUUCACCAGUUUAUUGAGAAGAGGUGUAAGUUCUGUCCAAUUCCUGGAUUGUACUGACAUGUACUUCCUAUCUAGUUAGCUAUAACAUGUAUUUGAGGGACAAGCUACACUUUAUGGUUAAAAGAGCCUUGAAUCAAUAAAUAUGUUGUGAUCAAAUUAUGUGUUGUGAUAUUAACAUGAAACAAUUUAAUUUAAAUCGCAGUCAAAGACGAUUCUAAUCACACCAUCGGAGUGGAGUUUGGCUCAAAGAUAAUCAACGUAGUGAACAAAUAUGUCAAACUCCAAAUCUGGGACACUGCAGGACAAGAGAGAUUCAGGUACGAUACGAGACAGCAUUUCACACACCUACUCCUACUGUGGCAGGGCAUCAGACAUUUUUCUCAAACCAGCUUGGACCGUUUAAUCUCCAGCCGAUCAUUAGAGAACUGGUGCCAGAUCCUUGGAACAGUAAGUGAGUAAAUAAUGGCCGAUAUGGGGGACAUACUAAAGCGGAGCGCAGCUGAAAUUUUUAUGUGGGGGAGUUACUAAUGUGGAGCGCAGCUGAAAUUCUGAUGUGAGGGCGUUCCUAAUGCUGCUAUGUAUAGCUAUCUAUAGUUAGAGUAGGAGAUGGAGAAUGUCACAUUUUAGAAUGUCAAUUUUAAUAAAUGCAAUUUUGAUGUGUAAAAUGUUCCAAUUGGUACAAUGAUGUAUUUCAAAGUGAUGUUAGAAUUGCUCUUCUCUCCCAGAUCUGUGACGCGGAGUUACUACAGAGGAGCUGCAGGAGCGCUGCUUGUGUAUGACAUCACCAGGUAAAUGACCUACACAUAGGUGAUCAGGAGUGUGAGGAUAAAUAAUCCAUGCUUUAUUAUGGGUGGACCUUCAAGGGGUAUGCUGUCAUCCAUCUUUGUGAAUAAACAAAAGAAAUGUUUCUAAAAAAGACAAAUAUUGAAUUGAGUACAUGAACACGACUCUAGGGGGCCUAGAGUCAUUGGUAGCACAGUGGCUCCCAUCAACCUUUUUGGAAAACACUGCUCUAACCUUUCUAAAGUCAAAUUUGACUUCACAUCUGUGUGUCUUCACUGCUCUCCUCCUCCUCUGUCUGUCUAUCUAUCUAUCUAUCUAUCUAUCUAUCUAUCUAUCUAUCUAUCUAUCUGACCUCAUCGUCCUCAGCCGGGAAACCUACAACGCCCUGACCAACUGGCUGACAGACGCCAGGAUGCUGGCCAGCCAAAAUAUUGUCAUCAUCCUGUGUGGUAACAAGAAGGACUUGGACGCAGACAGGGAGGUCACCUUCCUGGAGGCGUCUCGCUUUGCUCAGGAAAAUGGUGCGUUUAGUAUGAGUGAUGAUCCCUCUUAACGCUGAAAUCUAAGGGCUGUAUGUAUCAACCGUCUUAGACUGGGAGUGCUGAUUUAGUAGCAGGUCCUCUCUAUGUAAUUUUAUUCAUUGUGAUCAAAAAAGCUAAACUGACCCUAGAUCAGCACUCCUACUUUAAAACGCUUGAUACAUAUCACCCAAAAUGUAGCUCCUACCCUCUAAACACUGCCCGUAGACCUGAACGUCUUGGAAUUCCACAGAUGGCAAGGUGAAGAAAUGACCAUAAGAUCCUAAUUUCUGCUUGUUUUCCAUGCCCCACUAGAGGUCACUGUAGGACAACUCACUGUGUGGGAACUAGUGCCCACAGAACCUUGGCAGUUUCAUGUCCUCCACAGCUAAAUGCUGACUUAGGGCUCUAUUCAAUCCGUAUCACAGAAGUUCAGCGUUGCAGCGUGAUUUAAGUUUAAAGGCAAUGUUCCCGCAUUAGCAGUUACUGUAUUCAUGGUGAGCACUGCACAUGUCGGCUAAUUCAGAAAUUAACUUUCCAUUUCUAUUGCGCAAUCUGUAACGCUUCAGUUUUACUUAUUGAAUAGAGCACUAAGGCGAAUUCUCCUGGGUUUCAUAUCCAUCAAUGAUAAUCAAUGUUAAUAUUGUGUCCUGCUGUCUUGUCUGUUUCAGAGCUGAUGUUUCUGGAGACCAGUGCUCUGACAGGGGAGAAUGUGGAGGAGGCCUUUGUGCAGUGUGCCAGGAAAAUUCUCAACAAGAUAGAGUCGGGUAUCUGUCGGCUAUCAGUGUCUUCUCACCUUAACCAACAGCAAUGAAAGUUUACCAGCUGAACUGUUUCUCUCUCUCUUUGUAUCUCUCGCUCUCUCUUUCGAUCUGUCUCUAUCUAUCUAUCUAUCGGUCUCUCUCUCUCUCUCUGUUCUCUUCCAGGAGAGUUGGACCCGGAGCGGAUGGGAUCAGGGAUCCAGUACGGAGACGCGGCGCUGCGACAGCUGCGCUCCCCUCGCAGGGGACAGGCCGAGAGCGCCCAGGAAUGUGGCUGUUAGUGAACACGCUCAGUGUGCCCAGAUCCAAGGUGAGAGACUCCUCCCCCUUACUGCUGGCUGCCUACUGCAAAGGGUUCUGCUCUGGGACUUGCCCUGGCGUUACCACACUAAUAACUCAAUAAAUAGCUCAGUUUAGUGACAUCCAAACUGCUGCCUGUCAAAAUAGCAGGCACGGAUACAGUUGUAAUCAUAGAUGUUGCUUUUCACAUUCACAUGUUAUAUAAGAGGCCAUUCAAAAGUCCUCUCCAUUUUACAGUUGAGGCUGUGUUUCAUUGCAUGGAGCAGGUGAAGCAUUAAUUUGUCAUUUUGAGAUGCAUAUCCAUGAGCUUUAAAGAUUUGUCCAUAAUGCACCAAAUGCUGAAACAGGGCUAGUUUGAUGGCCAUUGUCUGUUACUUCAAGAUCAUCACAUGCCCCCUUGGAGACAGGGGUUCGAGCCCUGGCUUGGCUGACUGUCUGUGCCCUUAACUACUUCAUGUACCCCUCUCUAUAUCUGUUCUUACAUCUGUCCUGUCAAAAGAAAUUGACAGUAAAAUGGGGAUCAGAACUCAAAUAAAAUAAAAAACCAUCAGAAUGCUGAUACAUGUUCUUCUCAAAUGGUUUCCCUGAAUGGUUUGCAAUGAUGUAUUUUCUGUUGCUGCAAGGUGAUCUCUGAAACUACUUCAGGGCUAAGUGAAAGGCGGUGUUCCAAAUGUAACUCCCUAAGUCCAGAGUCUCUUUAUGGUAAUGUGUCUCCCCCCUAGGAUUGAGUCCAGUCUCCCCCCUGGGCAAUGGGGGGGUUGGAUUGAGGCCAGGAGGCUGUUUUUAGGUAUUUCACGGAGAGGGAGGAGCCGUCUAUCUAUUUCGGUCCUCCAGCUCCCAAGUGGCUAAUGUGUGGAUAAUGCAGAACCAUAGCCACCCAAACCGACUCCACCUCUUUUGGGAGAGGGGAGGGUAAAGUUCAUGAGAAUGACGAGCCUCCCUACUAAGAAGCUGUCUGGAUUCGGCUCCACGCAACUGUGGUCGAUACAGUGUUCUCUCUGGGCAGAUAUAUAUUUAACCCGAGAUUCUGCUGACUCCUGUUGGGUCAAGGGUCUCUGAAGUGCCUUAUUUGGGUGUUGUAGUGUUUCACAAAAAAUGCCAGGCAUAAAUAGAGGGGUACAAUGUCUACAGACAGGAAUGCUCAAUUAGCUUGUCAAUUACAGAGCGUAGAGUUGAGAACCAGCCAAAUAUUUCCAGCACGCAAUUGUAACGAAUUGUAACUCUGUUAAUUGCACAUUGACACAGCGGUGUCUCGGCUAAAGGGGCUCAUUUACAAGAUCCCUACACACGUGUGUGCCUGGGUGUGUAUUGGAUUCAAAUCUCUCUGUCCUUGUUUCCAUGCAGGUUAGUGAAGACUCAGAUGACAGAU